CCUCACUCCACCACCGACCUCACCGACAAAACAACGAUCACCGACAGCAACAACAACGAAAAGGGGAAUUCCUGGGGGCUACGACUAUAUAGCUCCGGAGUCAACAUUCCUCACGCACUCAUACGACCCCGCGACCCGACUCGACUAACUGUUCUUCGAUACACACGCUUUCGCUAUCCGUUUCUUUGCCUACGUCGACGGAGUAGGCCGUCGUUGGACACUCUACAAAUCAACCAGCCAUUUCUGGCCCAUAGUUAUUCCCCAUCAGAUCUACCCUCCUCGAUCGGGAGGGACGUGACGCCUUGGUCGACACUAACUAACAGACACGAUGGCGUCUGCUUCGGAUGCUGCUUCCAUCUCUGUGGCCGUCCGGGUCAGGCCGUUCACUAUCCGAGAGGCGGCGCAGCUUUCGAAAUGUGAGGAUGGUCCGCUGUUUCUGGGAGAAGGCUCGUUGGCAGGGGCUCCGACUCCUAAGCUCAACCAGAAGGGCCUCCGGUCCAUCGUCAAGGUGAUUGACGAUAGAUGCUUGGUCUUCGACCCCCCGGAAGACAACCCCGUACAGAAAUUCUCCAGAAGCGUCGUCCCCAACGGUAAACGCGUGAAAGAUCAGACGUUCGCCUUCGACCGCAUCUUCGACCAAAGUGCCUCGCAAGGCGAGGUGUACGAAUCGACCAGCCGAACCCUCCUAGACAGCGUCCUGGAUGGGUACAAUGCCACAGUCUUUGCGUACGGCGCAACCGGCUGCGGAAAGACGCACACAAUCACCGGAACAGCCCAGCAACCGGGUGUCAUCUUCCUCACCAUGCAAGAAUUGUUCGAGCGGAUCGACGAGAGGUCGGGGGAGAAGGCAACUGAAGUGACGCUCUCGUAUCUGGAAAUCUACAACGAAACCAUCCGUGAUCUAUUGGUUCCCGGAGGAAGCAAGGGCGGCUUGAUGCUGCGGGAGGACACCAACAAGUCGGUUUCGGUAGCGGGACUGUCGAGCCACCACCCACAGAACGUGCAACAGGUGAUGGACAUGAUCAUGCGAGGCAAUGAAUGCCGAACCAUGUCCCCGACGGAAGCGAAUGCCACCUCAUCCCGAUCCCAUGCCGUCCUGCAGAUCAACAUCGCCCAGAAAGACCGCAAUGCCGACGUUAACGAACCACACACAAUGGCCACGUUCAGUAUCAUCGACCUGGCAGGCAGCGAGCGGGCUAGCGCUACAAAGAACCGAGGCGAGCGUCUGUUUGAAGGCGCAAACAUCAACAAAUCUCUCCUGGCGCUCGGGAGCUGCAUCAACGCCCUCUGUGACCCCCGAAAGCGAAACCAUGUCCCCUACCGAAACUCCAAACUGACCCGCCUUCUCAAGUUCUCCCUGGGCGGCAACUGCAGGACGGUGAUGAUUGUCUGUGUCAGCCCCUCGAGCCAGCAUUUCGAUGAAACCCAAAACACGCUCCGCUACGCCAACCGAGCGAAGAAUAUCCAGACCAAGGUAACGAGGAAUGUGUUCAACGUCAACCGUCACGUGAAGGACUUCCUGGUGAAGAUCGAUGAGCAGAUGAAGUUGAUCAACGAGCUGAAGGCGCAGCAAAAGGAUGCUGAAAAGUCCGCCUUUACCAAGUUCAAGAAACAGACCGAGAAGAAGGACGCCGUGGUGCGCGAGGGAGUCUCGCGAAUCCGCAACGCUUACGAACACUCGUUGCCUGAGAGGCAAGAGAAGGCCAAUCACAUGAUCAAACUGAGACAGAUCAGCCGCCGGAUCGGCAUGCUGUCUUCGUGGAUCGCCGCCUUCGAUACCGUGUGUGAGGGGUCGGAGAAUGAAGUGCCUCUGGCGAAUCUCCAAGCAAUCCGCAGGACGGCGCAAGGGAUCCUCCUGGAGUUAGAAGGGAGCCGGCAACACUACCACCAACGACUGGCGAAGAGCAAUUGGGACCGAGGGCUGAACUCCGCAGUGGAGCAUGCCAUUCGCCAGCUGCAGGAAUUCGACAUCAGCGACAACAGCGACUAUGCCAAUUUCGAUCGCGAAGCAGAGCUCCUGCGAUCCAACGCCGACCGCGAGGCCCUGUCCGCAGUUGCCGAGCAGGACAAGGCGGGUGAAGCGGCCACCGUCCAGCUGCUGCUUCAGGCCCAAUUUGAGACCGUAUCAGCGGUGGAGAACAUCAUGGAGCUGAGCGAAGAGGAGGCGAUUCAAACGGGCAAGAAGAUUCUCACGAAGAUGCUCGAGUCGUGUUCCACCGUGGCCUCUCAGAUGGUGAAGCCGGAUGGCAGCUUGCCCGCCAUGCCACCCAUGAGUCCUAUCAAGUCCAGCCCAGUCAAACCGAAGAAGAGGACCAGCCUGGUUAGCCUACCCGCUGGAAAGACCCUGAGUGCGCCCAUCAAUUUUACCCCCGCUGAGCCCGGAUCGCCUCCCAAGUCUCCUCGGCGCCGCAGACCGACGACCGGUAGAAAGAGCGUCGCAAUCUCGCCGAAGAAGUCCCAGGUCCGGAUCAACAAACGAAGUGUUCGAUGGAAGGAUGACGAGCAGGAUGGUACCCUCACUGAGUUCCAGAGGACGCCGCAGAAGGCCGUACCGAAGGCCAUACAGGAAGUUAGUCGCGAGGAUAGCCCCGAGCCGACGCUACCGAGGGCUUCGCCUAUUCCACGGGGCAUCCCCGUGCCCACCCGUAGCUUCAGUCCUUCCGGUCGGUACUCCCCCGUUCCUGCGGGCCCCGAGACCUCCUUGAAUGUCCAGAAGAACAACAGAUUCAAGGCCGGGUUCUUGUCCAAGAAGAACGGCAGCUCCCCGCUGGGGCCACCUCCUUCCGCCAGCCUGCCUCUCACUGACGGUGAUGGCUCCCCUCUCCGCGACAUCGAGAACAGCAGUUUCUUGAACCGCGUCUACGCCGAACGUCCCUCCAAGAUGCCGGUGCGGACCUCCAGCGGAAGCUACUCGAACAGUCCGGUAUCGGAGGCCAAAGAGACCUGGACCGCCAACAAGGACGAUGCUCAGAGAAUCAGCUCCGCCAUGAGACGGAUCUCCAGUGGUAAUUUCGGUCCCGGGCCGUCAAUGAAUGCGCUCCGUGUUCAACGUCGACGGAGCCCUGGGUCUGCCACCUACGGCAGUUCUCCGCCCGAGAACCUGAUGUUCACGUCCCAAGCGCGACGCUUGGCCAAGAACGAAAAGGAGGCAGAAGCCAAGCCGAGGGUCUUGAGCCCUCGCGCGCUGCCUAUCAUGAAGAACACGGGUCAGCGACGGACCACGUUUGGUGGAGAACUCCGCUCUCGCGAUAUUAGCCUCACGAGCAGGGACGCCAUCCGGCUCAGUGCCAUGGCGACUCCCCAUGUCGCGCGGUCUCCAGAGAACUUUUAGCUGGCUGACCGUUUGACACACUUUAUGAUCCUUUUUCAAUUUUCUUUGCUUUGUUUUUUAUUUCACUGCGGUAAUGACAUGGGUUGUUUGGACGGUGUUCAGGGAGACAGAUACCAUUUGCUUUUCUUUUCUUUUUUUACCUCGGGUCUAGUUCUUUGAGCGAACAAGACAGGGCGGGUUUGGAUUCGGGUUCAUUCCAACGCUGUGUUUUCUAUAAAUCCCAUUCUGGGUGCCGGUUUCUGACCUUUGCAAGAUGACUUGGAAACAUGUUGCUGUAUUAUCUUCCUUCUUGUGUCGAUUGUUCAUGUGUUUUGUUAUGGACAUAGUUAUUAUUCUCGGGCCGCG